AUGGUCAGAAAUGAACUCACCAGGAAAUACUUUGUUAACUGCGACAGAAUCCUUGAGACGAGAGAUAACGAGAUCAAGAGUAUGACCCAAACUGAACACAUACGAAUCCUUGGAAUAGACUUGGACCGAGGGCUACGCUUCGACCGCCACCUGAAACACGUCGCCCACCAAGCCUCCCUACGUGUCACAGCCCUGCGUAGAGUAGCUCAACACCUGGACAAGCGUGGGAUACAGCUACUCUACAAGGCACAGGUCAGGCCUUACCUGGAGUACGGGACACUGACUUGGAUGUCCAGCGCAGCCACACACCUGCAGAGACUCGAGAGGGUGGAGCGGCGUGUUCUGCGGCUGUUAGAGGACGACAACCUCCAGCCACCCACACAGGCAGCGCCGCUGGACCCCCUGGAGCACCGCCGGGAUGUUGCUGCGCUUGUGGUGUUCCACAAGACACAAAUACAAGAAGUGUCGCACCUGGCAAGGCUGAGGCUCCCCCCUCGAGAUGCUGUGAGAGACACGAGAACGGUGCUCUCCAGCCUCGAGCAGGUCAAGGUGCCCAGGUCACGCGCCAGCCAACACCAGAGAACCUUUGUGUCGAGAGUCUCGCGCCUUUGGAACAUAUUCACCGCGACAGUGCCCUCAGUGCGUGAGAUGUCAACACAGCGUGUGAAAGUGGCGGCUCACAGGUGGAGAGGGACACUCCCUACGCCACUGCUGGUGUAA